CUGGAAGUCUGAAACAGUUGAGCAGGUGAAGUCGGAUCCUGCCAAGCUACCUACUGGUCAGACGCUCGUCUAGUCUCGCAUGGGAAGCUUAUUGUAGAGCCAGUUAUACUGAGGACCGGUAGACGGUCUCAACUCUCAACCCCAAAAUCUGACAGUUUCCUCUAACUUCUCUCUCUAAAAUUCUCUCAAGCCGAACCCAAUUUAUCUAGUUUCAGAGUACCCAAAAUGUCAUCCUCCGAUAAUCCCUCUUCAUCCUCUGCUGAAGAAAACCCUAACCCUGACACCAAAGAAAUCGAAGAUCAACUGGCAACGGUGGCACUUACCGAAUCCAAUGAAGAUACAUAUCAGGAGUGCUCGAAUGACACGGCAAGUGCAUCAAAUUAUCACGAAGAGAACAAUCAUGAUGAAGGAGUAGGGAAAUCCAGGUCUCCGGUGAUGUGGGGAAGGGCGAAUUCGGAACUGGAAGUGGAGGGGCCGUCUAGUCCCAGCAGCAGCGGCUAUGCAGGCGAGAGAGGGAGUAGCAGUGCCUCGAGCACCUCCAGAGUGGACGAGGUGAGUGAGGAUGAGAUACAAGAAGCGCGGAAUGGCAGUGCCAUUGACAGGGCCUCCGAUUCUCAUGAGUCCUGGAUGCGGGGGAAGCGGCAUGUUGAUGAUGAGGAUGAUGGUUCCAUAUCGUGGAGAAAAAGGAAGAAGCACUUCUUUAUUUUGAGUCACGCUGGCAAACCUAUAUAUUCCAGAUAUGGAGAUGAACACAAGCUCGCAGGAUUUUCUGCAACAUUGCAAGCCAUUAUUUCUUUUGUGGAGAAUGGGGGGGAUCGUGUCAAAUUGGUUACGGCAGGAAAGCACCAGGUGAUUUUUCUUGUGAAAGGACCAAUUUACUUAGUUUGCAUCAGUUGUACGGAAGAGCCAUACGAGUCAUUAAAGGGACAGUUGGAGCUAAUUUAUGGACAGAUGAUACUUAUCUUGACAAAGUCGGUAAAUAGAUGUUUUGAGAAGAAUCCAAAAUUUGAUAUGACACCCUUGCUUGGAGGGACUGAUGUUGUCUUCUCUUCUCUCAUACAUUCUUUCAGUUGGAACCCCGCUACCUUUCUUCAUGCAUACACUUGUCUUCCUCUUGCUUACGCAACAAGGCAAGCAGCAGGUGCUAUACUUCACGAUGUUGCCGAUUCAGGCGUCCUUUUUGCAAUAUUGAUGUGUAAACACAGGGUUGUUAGUCUUGUUGGUGCUCAAAAAGCUUCUCUUCAUCCAGAUGACAUGCUGCUACUUUCCAACUUUAUUAUGUCGUCAGAAUCAUUCAGGACUUCUGAAUCUUUCUCUCCAAUCUGCCUUCCAAGAUAUAAUCCCGUGGCAUUUUUAUGUGCCUAUGUGCAUUACUUUGAUGUUGACACGUACUUGGUGCUGCUUACAACGAAUUCAGAUGCCUUUUAUCAUCUCAAGGAAUGCAGGAUUCGUAUUGAAACAGUCCUUCUGAAGUCAAGUGUUCUUAGUGAAGUUCAGAGAUCCAUGCUAGAUGGUGGAAUGCGUGUUGAGGAUUUGCCAAUUGAACCAGUUCCUCGUUCUGGAUCUUCAUCUCCUCAUCUAGGUCACCACAAACUUCCAACAGAUUCUCCUGAGAGAUUCAGGGAAUCUUUUGGUGGAAUUGGUGGUCCCGCUGGACUUUGGCAUUUCAUGUAUCGUAGUAUAUUUUUGGAUCAGUAUGUCUCUUCCGAGUUUUCUCCUCCAAUUAAUAGUCAAAGGCAGCAGAAAAGACUAUAUAGGGCUUACCAGAAACUUUAUGCUUCCAUGCACGAUAAAGAAAUUGGCCCACACAAAACUCAGUUUAGCAGAGACGAAAACUAUGUUCUACUAUGCUGGGUCACGCAAGAUUUUGAACUCUAUGCAACAUUUGACCCACUUGCAGACAAGGCUUUAGCAAUCAAAACCUGCAACCGGGUUUGUCAAUGGGUGAAAGAUGUAGAAAAUGAGAUGUUUUUGUUGGGAGCAAGCCCUUUUUCGUGGUGAUAUCCCAAGAUAUGUAAACAGAGUUUGUAUACUAGUUUUUUAAAAUUAUUGUUGGAGUCCCACAUAAAUCUUUUUGUCUUAUAAUGCUCAUGGAGCUAAAUGCAGGUAUUUUGUAAUUUUAGGAGGGUUUCAAUGUUUCAUAAUCGUGGCAUCUUCGAAAGCUGAAGAGAGCAGUCACAAAAUUUAUGUACACGGAAGUGUUAGGACUUGGGAAGUUAUAUUCGUUGUUAAUAUAUCAUUUUUGCCACCUCCAGGCGGACUAUUAAUGGAACUAAUUGGUUCA